CCUCCUCCGUGCCAGUGCCACCGAUCUGAUACUCCGCCGGAUCACCAAUAGCAAUGAUACCCUCCUCCGCCGCCCUCGAUCUCGACCGCUGCGGCGUCUUCCCUCUCUCCCUCACCUCUCUCUGCCCUUGCCAAUCCCAAACCCUAAGACCCCUAAGUUUUUCCCGCCAAGCUCGAUUUCGAUCUCUGCAGAAUCUCAAGCUCACCAUCUCGUUUCGACGAUCCCGUGGCGGAUUCCUGCGGUCCAUCACCGCGUUCGUGCCUCUCUCCGGCGAUGCAGUGAAGCCCGAUGACGACGAGCUCAGAGAUGGAAAGGCUGCUGAGGGUUCACAAGCUUUGGCUAUGGAUCAGCUAAGAAAGCGGGUGGUGUUUGGGCUUGGAAUUGGGCUCGGCACUGGUGCAAUAGUUGUGGCUGGAGGAUGGGUGUUUACUACAGCAGUUGCAGCCGCAGUGUUUGCUGCAUCCAGGGAAUAUUUUGAACUUGUAAGGAGCCGGGGUAUUUCUGAUGGGAUGCCACCUCCUCCGAGAUAUGUGUCCAGGGUUUGCUCUGUGAUAUGCACACUCAUGCCCAUGCUAACAUUGUAUUUUGGUCAGAUGGAUGUACCUGUGACAUCGUCCGCUUUUGUUGUUGCAAUGGCAUUAAUUCUACAGAGAGGGAAUCCUCGUUUUGCACAGCUUAGCAGUGCCAUAUUUGGGCUGUUCUACUGUGGCUAUCUUCCCUGUUUCUGGGUUAAGCUCCGAUGUGGUUUGGCAGUUCCUGCAUUGAAUACAAAAUUAGGGAAUACAUGGCCGAUUUUUCUUGGUGGACAGGCUCAUUGGACGGUUGGCCUAGUAGCAACCUUGAUGUCCAUUAGUAGCAUAAUCGCGGCAGAUACAUUUGCUUUUCUAGGUGGAAGGGCAUUUGGUCGUACUCCUCUUAUAGCUAUCAGUCCAAAGAAGACUUUGGAAGGAGCUUUUGCUGGUCUGAGCGGGUGCAUAGCUAUUGCUGUUAUUCUUUCUAAGUUUUUUAGCUGGCCAACAUCUUUAUUGAGUGCUUCAGCUUUUGGAAUUCUCAACUUCGUGGGAUCUCUAUUUGGGGAUCUUAUUGAAUCAAUGAUCAAACGAGAUGCUGGUGUCAAAGAUUCUGGAUCUCUCAUUCCAGGGCAUGGGGGGAUACUUGAUAGAGUCGAUAGCUAUGUGUUCACUGGUGCACUUGCAUACUCCUUCAUAAAGAUUGCAUUGCCACUCUUUGGAGUCUGAGUUCAAAUGAUGAAGUCGAGGAUGUGUUCAUACAAACAUUCAGUUUGUUGCUGCAUCAACAACCAACUGUAAAGAAGGAACAACAGAAAGAAGAAGAUAGUAAAGAUUGAGACACAAAGAAGUUGCAGAGCGCUCCUUUAGGCUGAACACUCGCAUUGCUGGAUCACUCAAGUUACAUUUCUCUCAUAAUUUUUUCCCCCAUUCUUGUAAGAAAAUAUGUUUUUCUUCUUCUUAUUCUUCCUUUUCCCCCCUCUCUUCUGGGGAAUUCUACCAGUUCAAAGUUUUUUUGGUCAACUUGGCGAUAACAGCAGAUAUGCUGUUACAGGAAUUAACUUACUAGUAGCAUAAUGUAUAAUUUGUAUAACAAGCUUGUACUUCUUUCUUUAGCAUAGAAUAAUAUAUAAUCUUCUUCACCCUUGGAAUCA